AUGCCUAAAGCCUCGGCUUUACCGUAUCUCAAUCUAUCCUCCAAGAACAAUGAGGAAUUAAACAGCCUAACACCCGCGACUUUGAGUCCUAGAUCGACUGGCUCGCCUCGCACCCCCGAAUCCGCCCCAGGAUCCCCAUUCCUGCAAGGCCCUCUGACACCCUCGAUCAUGCAUCAAGUCUCUGCAUCUCAGGCUAGCCGCACCGAUGGCACUCGCACAGGGCCGAGCUCUCCGAAGAUAACUGCGACGCCUGAGUUUCCGCCUUCACCUGUCCCUCAAUCGCCGAAACAUGGGCGAGAGGCGUCCAAGGGCUUCUUUUCAAAUUUGAAGGCCGCUAAAUCUUCCCACAAGCUUCAGGCCUCCGAAACAAGCAUCCCGGAAAGCGGCGAGAAAUCAAACGCAAGGAGCCGGACAAGUUCAAAAGAUCGAUCACUUCAUUCAGUGAAGAAGCAAGGUUCGACCCCGGAGUUACCGACAAUGGGUGCCGGCAAUUCUCUCACUUCCUCAGAGCCCAGUUCUCAGGCCCCUAUCGGAACUACUCAACCAAGCAAGAAGGUCAGGUCAAAGUUUGGAGGGAUUCUGACCAGAAGUAAAACCGUGAAACUAGAGGAAACGAUACCAAAGGUAGAGAACUCGGCACCCGGUCAUCUUCAACUGGAUACGACAAAUCAAGACAAUGAUAACCUCGACCCGUCUCCUAAAACCGCGCCUAUCAAGAUGGAUCAUGGUGAAAAAAUGUCAUCCAGUCAGGGCAGUGGAGCCGCUCGAAACCGCUCAGCCGAUCGUCAUGUCCGUGACGAUUCGAUUUUGACGAAGAAAGAACGUCCAGGCGGAGGCAUACCCGCAUCGCACUCCUUCAGAGAAGGGUCGACUCUUCAGAUCCUAUCCAAUAUCGGACAAACGGGCAAGGGCAUGGGCGAUCGCCUUGGUAAGGCUGGCAAAGGCUUCUUCGGGAAGAUUACAAGGAGUGGGAGCAGCACCGAGCGUGAGCUUGUCACGGAUGACAAUUACACAUGUACCACGAUCAACCUGCCACUUGUCAAGCAAACGCGCAAAACCCGAAUUGCCCGACGCCUUGAGUUGUCCAAGGACAAAACAGAAUUUUGGAUGCCGGCCCUGCCGUGGCGAUGUAUCGACUACUUGAACAUGAACGGUGCUGAAGAGGAAGGAUUAUAUCGAAUACCAGGCAGCGGCAGAGAUGUCAAGCAUUGGCAACGUCGCUUCGACAACGAGUAUGAUAUCAACCUCUUCGAUGAACCAGAUUUGUACGAUAUCAACACCAUCGGCUCACUAUUCAAAUCAUGGUUGCGAGAGUUGCCCGAUGAGAUUCUACCCAGGUCCGUCCAAAGCAGAAUUGCAAGCCAAUGUGCUGGAGCGACCUCAGCACCUCAGCUUCUCAAGGACGAAUUGUCCCGACUUCCGCCCUUUAACUAUUAUCUCCUUUUUGCCAUCACCUGUCAUCUCAGUCUUCUCAAUCACUAUGCCGACAAGAACAAGAUGGACUACCGAAAUCUGUGCAUAUGCUUCCAGCCAUGUCUGAAGAUUGAUGCCUUUUGUUUCCAGUUCCUGGUCAUGGACUGGAAGAACUGCUGGCAAGGUUGCUGGACGGAGCAAGAAUACUUGGAAGAAGAAUAUCGGUACCAACGCGAAGGCUCCAUAACCGAACCCGAGGAACAUGCUGUUGACGAGAGGGCCAUUUCGUCGAGUGGUAGCAGUCAACAGCAUGCUCCCGUCCCACCUCGCAGCGCCGAUGCGGCUGCACACCGCAAGUCCACAUUUCCCAAGUCUGAAAAAAGGAGUUUGUCUUCAGAAGGAGGUGUGAGACGGAGAGCAAAUAGUGCACAUGCAGCAACUCACAGUGUACCCACAGUACCGAGAGUUGUCACGCCAGAGCCUCCAACCCUGUCUCUGGACCAAAAGUUGCCCGAGUUGACCGGGCUUUCCCCGAUCAGGAUGUGA